AUGGCAAAUGAACCUGCCAAACAGGAUAAAGUGGCUCAGCCACCCCCACAAGACUAUCGAUAUGGCUCAUACCCAAACCAACCACCACCCAAUGGACCAUACCCAAACCAACCACCACCAAAUGGCUCAUACCCAUACCAGCCACCACCAAACGGCCCAUAUCCAAACCAACAACCCGGAUAUCAGCAACCUUACCCAAACCAACAACCUGGAUACCAGCAACCUUAUCCACCAUCGCAACCACAAGGGCAACCGCCUUAUGGUGGUGGCUAUAAUGGGUAUCCGCCACAACAAACUGGCAACGAGCACCCACCUCAUUACGGUGGUGAAAAAGAGAAAAAGAAAGAUAAAGAUAAGGAUCACAAAGACAAGGACCAUAAGGACAAAGACAAGAAAGACAAGAAAAAGAAAAAGAAAAAGAAGAAGAAAGGCAUAGGAGGAACGUUGCUCGAAAUUGGAGUUGGAGUUGGAGCAGCCUUACUCGGAGUAGCAUUAGGAGAGGAAGGUGGAGGCGGUAGUUCCGAUUCAGAUUAG